GCUGGGCGUAGCACUAUGGCUCAGACGCUACAGAUGGCGAUUCCCAAUUUCGGCAACAACGUCCUGGAGUGUCUGAACGAGCAGCGUUUGCAGGGGCUGUACUGUGACGUGUCCGUCGUGGUGAAGGGUCAUGCCUUCAAAGCCCACCGUGCCGUGUUGGCGGCCAGCAGUUCAUACUUCCGGGACCUGUUCAACAGCGGCGGGAAGAGUUCGGUGGUUGAGCUCCCGCCGGCCGUGCAGCCGCAGAGCUUCCAGCAGAUCCUGUCUUUCUGUUACACGGGUCGUCUGAGCAUGAACGUCGGUGACCAGUUCCUCCUCAUGUACACGGCGGGAUUCCUGCAGAUCCAACAGAUUAUGGAAAAGGGAACUGAGUUCUUCCUGAAGGUCAGUUCGCCCAGUUGCGAUUCGCAAGGCCUCCAUGCCGAGGAGACUCCGCCCUCUGAGCCUCAGAGCCCAGUAACACAGACCGGGGGCGGGUCCACAGGCGGAGGAGUCGUCGCCACAGCAGUAGGCCGUCCUGCCUCCUGCCUCACUCCCCUACCUCUGGUGUCACGGGUGAAGACAGAACAACAACAACCGCAGCAGCAUCAACAACAACAACAACAGCAGCCUCCCCAGCAGCAGCAGCAGCCCCCUCAGCAAGAGGCCUCCUCAUAUUCUGUUGUCUGCACACCGGUUGCAAAGAGGCUUUGGGAAGGGAGCAACCGUGACGGGGGCGGUGGAUCAGGUGGAGGAGGCGGGGGCGGGUUGAGAAAGGCCGCCCGGUUCUCGCAGGAGGCAGGACGGGGACCAAGUGGCGCACAGAUCCAAGGUGGAACAGGAUUGGGUGGAAACUCCACCACUAACAGUAACAACAACAAUAAUAACAGCAGCACACCAGAAGGCACCAGCCCGGGCACCCUCAGUAUGUACACCAGCGACUCCCCCAUCUCUUACCACGACGAUGAGGAAGAGGAGGAGAUUACAGACGACAGCACGGAAGAGCAGUACCGACAAAUCUGCAACAUGUAUACUAUAUACAGCAUGCUCAAUGCCGGAGCUACAGCUGGGGAGAGAGUGGACGCUCUACCAGAACACCUCACAGCAGACACCAGGGGAAGAGUGCGUGGGCGUCAGGAUCUGGCCUCCUUACCAGCUGAGCUCAUCGCGCAGAUAGGGAACCGCUGUCACCCGAAACUCUACGAGGAAGGAGAUCCUGCUGAAAAGCUGGAGCUUGUCACCGGCACCAGCGUCUUCAUAUCCCGGGCGCAGCUGAUGAACUGCCAUGUCAGUGCGGGCACCCGCCACAAAGUGCUGCUCAGGAGGCUAUUAGCUUCCUUCUUCGACCGGAGCACCCUGGCAAACAGCUGUGGCACAGGCAUACGCUCCUCGACCAACGAUCCCAGCCGCAAGCCGCUGGACAGCAGAGUGCUACACGCUGUCAAGUUUUACUGCCAGAACUUUGCGCCGAAUUUCAAGGAGAGCGAGAUGAACGCCAUUGCGGCGGACAUGUGCACAAACGCUCGCAGAGUGGUCCGCAAGAGCUGGAUCCCCAAGCUGAAGCUGCUGAUGGCCGAGAGUGACGCCUAUGCCAGUUUCCUGCCCGACGCAGUCAAGCUGGAGGCUGAUGGCCUGGGGUCAGAGCACGCUUUCGACACGGGUGGACUGGACGGCGGAGCGACCUCUGACCCCGGCCCUUCUUCGGCAGACGCCCUGCAGGGGGUGGGCGGGGACGGCAGCACUUUGUUUUAGUGAGUGAAA